UGCUCAUCCAAUCCAUCCUACUGGCAGAUCCAAAGAUAGCGCGACAGAGCUCCAUAUCUCAGACAGAAUCUCUCCUCCUGCCCCCUCGAGGAGCUCGCAGCUGAGCGAACGAUCCAAUCCAAGAAACCAAGAAACCAACAACAGAUCGAUCUUUGACGCAUACCCAUGGCGGCGGUGAUGGUUGCGAGGCAGGGGCGGGACCUGCAGCGGUACAGCCCGAGCACCGGCGGCCGCAUCGUGGUCGGCUGCAUCCCCUACCGGGCCCGUUCGGACGGCGAGGUGGAGGUGCUGGUGAUCUGCUCGCGCAAGAAGGGCGCCAGCGCGGGCGUCAUGUUCCCCAAGGGCGGGUGGGAGCUGGACGAGUCCAUCGAGGAGGCGGCGCGCCGCGAGGCGCUCGAGGAGGCCGGCGUGCGCGGCGAGACGGGCGCCAGCCUGGGGAGCUGGUACUACCGGAGCCGCCGCUACGACGCCACAUACGAGGGGCUCAUGUUCCCGCUGCGCGUCACCGACGAGCUGGAGCACUGGCCGGAGAUGUCCGGGCGGGGGCGGACCUGGGUCUCCGUGCGGGAGGCCAUGGACCGGUGCCCGCACUGGUGGAUGCGCGAGGCGCUCCAGCGGUUCGCUGACCGCCUCGCCGCCGCCGACUUGUAG